AUGAGACGUUUCACUCUUUCUACAUUGCGAGAUUUUGGGAUGGGGAAGAGAAUAAUAGAAGAUAAGGUCACUGAAGAGUGCCAACAUUUGAUAAAAGUGUUUAAAUCCUACAAAGGAAAACCAUUUGAAAACACCAUGAUAUUGAAUUCUGCUUUGGCCAAUAUCAUGGCAUCCAUAUUGUUUGGUCAUCGCUUUGACUAUGAUGAUCUGAAACUUCGGAGGCUUUUAACCAUAAUGAAUGAUAAUAUCAGAAUUAUGGGUUCCCCAAUGGUUUUGCUGUACAACGCAUUUCCAUCUCUGGUCCGAUGGCUACCUGGGAGUCACAGAGAAGUUAAUCCAAACAUACAGGAAAUGCACACUUUUAUCCGAGAAACCUUCACCAAGCAGAGGAAACAACUAGAUGUCAAUGAUCAGAGGAAUUUUAUUGAUGUCUUCCUUGUCAAACAAAAGGAGGAAAAGCCAAACCCAGAGUUAUACUUCAAUGAUACUAAUCUAACUGUUCUGGUGGCGGACUUGUACACAGCUGGAAUGGAGUCAACAUCCACCACUCUCCGAUGGGGACUCCUGCUGAUGAUGAAAUACCCAAAAAUACAAAAAAAUGUUCAAAAGGAAAUUGAAAAAGUCAUUGGUUCCAGAAAAUCUCACCUGAUACACCGAAAAGAAAUGCCAUAUACUGAUGCCGUUAUCCAUGAAAUCCAAAGAUUUGGUAAUAUUGCACCAACAAGUGUUCCACAUGCUACUAUACGAGAUGUGACUUUCAAUGGAUUCUUUAUACCCAAAGGAACUCAAGUGAUUCCAUUACUGUAUUCUGUCCUAAGAGACAAAGAGCACUUUGAGAAGCCGGAAGAGUUUUACCCUCAGCAUUUUCUGGACUCAGAAGGAAACUUUGUUAAAAAUGAAGCUUUUAUACCAUUUUCUGCUGGUAAGAGAAGUUGUGCUGGAGAAACACUGGCUAAAAUGGAACUGUUCCUCUUCUUUACAACACUGCUGCAAAACUUCACCUUUCAGGCUCCGCCUGGAGCAAAACUGGACCUCACAGGCGCUGCUGGAUUAACAACCCCUCCACUGAAGUAUGAGAUCUGUGCAAUUCCUCGUAAUUAA